GCCAAUUUUAGUUUUUCAGAGGGAGUUUUUUGCGAAAAAUGCUAUCGUCUCGACUCUCUUGAGACUCCAACUAUUUUCCCUCUUCCUCGAUAGAGAGAGAGAGAGAGAGAGAGGGGUGGCGUUCAUGGGGUGCUCCUUCUCGGGAUUGAACGCGCUCUACGGGGCGAUGAGUUGGGGAGGGGACGUGUGGAUCAACGAGGACCGAUUCAGGAUCCUGAAGCAACUCGGGGAAGGGGAAUCCGCCUCCCUCUACAUCGUCAAGGAGAUUGCCACCGCCGCCGGAGAAGACGAUGGCGGCGGCGGUGGAGGGAUCGCCGGGAAGCGGCGGCGCCACCACCACCCCCACCACACCCCCUCCCACGGUGAUGGAACAUAUGCUAUGAAGAAAAUCCUUAUCCAGAGUCCAGAGCAAUUAGAGUUGGUGAAGGAGGAGAUUCAUGUUUCAUCUCUGUUUAAUCAUCCUAAUUUGCUCCCUCUUCUUGACCAUUCAAUUAUUGCAGUUAAGGGCCAACAAGGAGGAUCAUGGAACUAUGAAGCAUACGUGCUAUUCCCAGUUUAUUUGGAUGGAACAAUGUUGGACAAUGCUAUAGCUAUGCAUUCAAGAGAUGAAUUCUUUCCCACAUACACUGUUUUGCAAAUAUUUCGCCAGCUUUGCUCAGGACUGAAGCAUAUGCAUAGUUUUGAUCCUCCAUAUGCCCAUAAUGAUGUGAAACCUGGUAAUAUCCUGAUAACACAUACAAAAGGACAACCACCUCUCGCUAUCCUAACAGAUUUUGGAAGCGCCCGGCCCGCAAGAAAGCAAAUUCGUUCACGCUCCGAAGCAUUAGAGUUGCAGGAAUGGGCUGCUGAGCAUUGUUCUGCACCAUUCCGAGCUCCCGAGUUGUGGGACUGCCCGAGCCACGCUGACAUCGAUGAGAGGACGGACAUCUGGUCUCUCGGGUGUACUCUGUACACAAUAAUGUACGGCAUGUCUCCAUUCGAGUAUGCAAUCGGGGAAUCCGGAGGAAGCUUACAAUUGGCCAUCUCAAAUGGAGAGAUAAAGUGGCCCGUCGGCCCCGAAACCCCAUACCCCGACUCUCUUCGCCUGUUUAUAAUCUGGAUGCUUCAGCCGCAACCUGCGAUGCGGCCUUACAUCGAAGACGUCAUCUUUCACCUCGACAAGCUCUUUGCAAAGUUAUCAAAUAAACCCUCACAUCUAGUCUCCUCUCCAACUGUACCAUUGUAAAUUAUGCUGUACAUUUCUUUGUACAAAGUGUGUUUUCUUCAGGUUUUUAGGGUGGGGUUCUGCUUUGUUAUUCUUAGAUAUAGUAUACUUAUUUUAUGGUGUACAGAGUGCUUAGUGAAAUGUAAAUAGUUUAAGUUUAUAGUCCAUGUAUUGAGCAAAUAUGAGAUGUGUUAAAAUGUUCUUGGUAAUAAUGAUGUAUGUAUUAUGUGAUCCCAUUUCGAAAUUUCGAUUUGAAUUAGGAAAUCUCUUACAUUUUAA